AUGCAUGAAAAGCUUAUAUUACGCAAAACCCUUCAAGGGUGGUUUUCUGUGCCCACCGCGGGUAAUCCAAGUGAGUCAAGUACCAGUUGGUCAUCAGGUCAGUCCAACGAAUUAUUUCCUUCAUUAAAAACUAGCCUUCCUCCCAUUACCGACCCACUACUCCCUACAGGGGAAGUACAUAGCCCUGUACCGCCAAUUCGAAAAGGUCGACGGAAAUUAACUUUGGGUCCUUCAGUUCAGCCUUCCGCCCCACCAGAGUGGGUAAAUCCACCUGAAUAUUCGACAUUACCCACCUCUCGGGAUUUUUCUUCUUCUGUGGCGCAUCCUUUUCAAUUUCAAGUACCCACUUUUUCCCGGAACAAUUCUGUAGAAUUUACAUCUAAACCACUCCCUUCAAAGAAAAAACAACCUUUCUUAGUUACACUUCCAGAAGAGGUUUUAUUUAACCCAGAGGAGGAAGAGGCUUUCCUUAACCCUGCGGAGGAAGAGGCUCCUCAACCUGUAGCCAAUCCUGCACCUUAUUUCCCCUUUUGUCCUGACAUUCAUUUUAAAGUAAUAGAAAUCAAGUCAACCGAUCUUGCUGAGCCUCCACAGCUUGUCGAAACUGAACAAGUGAUUAAACGCGAGUUUAUCUUCAAUACACCUUUACGAACUCCAUCUUCAUCUCGACGACAAAUUACAGGCAGCAAAGGUUCGGUUAAAAAGGAAGUUAAGGUAGACCCAAGCCCUGCAGACUCGCCGGUCAGUCGGCCUGAAAGUAGUCGGCCUGUUCAUCGGCCAUCACUUGGUUUAUUUGAGCAAGCCUUCAAGACCCUUAAGGAGCAUACUUGGUGGAAACCACCUCCUGUUACUAGCACAGUAGUCCAACCCGCUUCUCCAAUUACUUGGCAUACUCCGACAUCUUCAAAGGCCUCAGGCACUAAGUCCACUUCAAAGGCAUCAGGCUUUAAGUCCCCUUCAAAGGCGUCAGGCUCUACGUCCCCUUCUAAGGCAACAACUCCCCCACCGCGUCCGCCUACUCCACCACCGCGUCCACUUACACCACCCCCACUCAUAGUAUCAAAAAUUUUUGCUAAAAAGAAACGUACUACUAUAGCCAUUCCAGCCACAAUGACCAACCCUACACACUACCUUCCACCAUUUUCCCAAAUUGAUGUGCAGUUUGAUGGUCGUACAUCAAUCAAGGAGUUCCUCCAAAGAUACGAACUGUUAGCUAUUUCGUACGGCUGGUCCGAGGCGGACAAAUUAAGAUUUUUCCCGUAA